CCCCGCAGCCCCGGCGGCCGCCGCGGCGGAGCCCCGGGCGAGGCGGAGCCGGUGGCCACUGCUCGGUGCCCGGUUGCCCGUGUCCAGCGCUCGGGGCCGGUCCCCAGGUCCCGGUGCUCUCGCCGGUGCCCGGUUCGCGGUCCCGCUCUGACAUCAGCACCGGGAGGGGCGGGGCGGUACCGGCCGGGGAAGAAAAGCGGCGAGCGGGGUCCGGAGCCGGUACCGGUGCCGGUACCGGGGCGCAGCGGGCGCGGGGUUUCGCCGCCGCCGGAGCUCUCGGGGAGCGCGGCCGGUGCGGCCGCCAUGGGCCGGGCCGGGCGCUGAACCUUCCCCCGGUACCGGGGGCCCCCCGGGGGCAGCGGGGCGGCGAGCGGGCGGUACCGGCAGCCACCGGCAUCUGGGGGCCGCCGCACGGGAGGGCCCCAUCGGGAAACCGCCGGGACCUACCGGGAGCGCCGCCCCCCGGGCAGAGCUGCCCCCGCCCCGCCGCGCCCCGUCCCCGGAGCCGAGCGGAGCCCCGGGGCCGCCUCGUCCUUUGUGUGCGCCGCGGCCGGGCCGCCACCGGGCACCGGGCACCGGCAGCCGCCAGCGGGAGCCGCUCCGGCAGCCGAACGCGGGCGGUGGGAACGCGGCACCGGCCACCGCGGCGGCGAUACCGGGAGCCGCACCGAGCGGCGGGAGCGGCCCCGGGGCCCGGUCCCCCACCGGCGGCCCCAUGAAGGAGCCCGACGCCAUCAAACUCUUCGUGGGGCAGAUCCCGCGGCACCUGGAGGAGAAGGAUCUCAAACCCAUCUUCGAGCAGUUCGGCAAGAUCUACGAGCUCACCGUCAUCAAGGACAAGUACACCGGCAUGCACAAAGGAUGCGCCUUCCUGACCUAUUGCGCCCGCGAGUCGGCCCUGAAGGCGCAGAGCGCCCUACACGAGCAGAAAACCCUCCCGGGGAUGAACCGGCCCAUCCAGGUGAAGCCGGCGGACAGUGAGAGCCGAGGAGAGGACCGUAAGCUGUUUGUGGGGAUGCUGAGCAAGCAGCAGGCGGACGAGGACGUGCGCAAGAUGUUCGAGCCCUUCGGCACCAUCGACGAGUGCACGGUGCUGCGGGGGCCCGACGGCACCAGCAAAGGCUGUGCCUUCGUCAAGUUCCAGAGCCACGCGGAGGCCCAGGCCGCCAUCGCCGCGCUGCACGGGAGCCGCACCCUCCCGGGCGCGUCCUCCAGCCUGGUGGUGAAGUUUGCGGACACGGAGAAGGAGCGGGGGCUGCGGCGCAUGCAGCAGGUCGCCAGCCAGCUGGGCAUGUUCAGCCCCAUCGCCCUCCAGUUCGGGGCCUACAGUGCCUACACGCAGGCGCUGAUGCAGCAGCAGGCGGCCCUGGUGGCCGCGCACUCGGCCUACCUCAGCCCCAUGGCCACCAUGGCCGUCCAGAUGCAGCACAUGGGCACGGUCAACCCCAACGGGCUCAUCGCCACCCCCCUGCCCCCCUCCUCAGGAACCAGCACGCCGCCCGCCAUGGCCGCCACCCCGGUCCCCGCCAUGGCCGCCCCGCUCGGUGUCAACGGCUACAGCCCGGUGCCGGCACAGCCCGCGGGGCCCCCCGCGCCCCCCGACGCGCUCUACGCCGGCGGGGUCCCCCCCUUCCCAGCCCAGAGCCCCGCGGCCCCCCCGGACCCCCUGCAGCAGGCGUACGCCGGCAUGCAGCACUACACAGCCGCCUACCCGGCCGCCUACGGGCUGGUGAGCCCGGCGUUCGCCCCCCCAGGAGCGCUGCUGGGCCCCCCCGCACCCCAACAGCAGCAGCAGCGCGAAGGCCCCGAGGGCUGUAACAUCUUCAUCUACCACCUGCCCCAGGAGUUCGCCGACACCGAGAUCCUGCAGAUGUUCCUGCCCUUCGGCAACGUCAUCUCCGCCAAGGUCUUCGUGGACCGCGCCACCAACCAGAGCAAGUGCUUCGGUUUCGUCAGCUUUGACAACCCGGCCAGCGCACAGGCCGCCAUCCAGGCCAUGAACGGCUUCCAGAUCGGGAUGAAGCGCCUCAAGGUGCAGCUCAAGAGGCCCAAAGACGCCAACCGGCCCUACUGAGCCCGGUCGGAGGCUCUGGAGCAGCACCCAUGGGUGCCCCCCCUUGCAGAGCAGCCCCCCCCCCCGCAGCGGUGCUCGCGGGGGGCUCGGUGCUGCCGGGGGGGGGCACACAGACCCCCACACGCUCAGGAAGGAUGGACCCCCCCCCCACCCAGGACCAAGCCGGACCCCACACCCAACCAGGCAGGGCUGGGGGGGGCCCUGGGUGCCAGCCCCCCAAUCUGGGUCCAAUCUGCCCUGGGGGGGGGGGCACCCACCCCCAAACCCCCCGAAUUCCCCCUUGCACCCCGCAGGGCCCUUCACCCCCCCCUCGGAGCUUUUCUCUCACCAAACAGGACCAAAACCAGCUCCGGGAUGGGGGUCCCAUGAGGGGGGGACAUUCCGUGGUUGGGGACACCGACCCCGGCACUGUCACCCCCCCCUCCCCGGUCCCCUGGGUGGCCGUGCCAGGGCGCAGCGGGACCCCCACCCCACACACACACUGCCACCCGCUUCGCCCCCCAACCUGCCUCAGUUCCCCCCCCCCACACCCUCCAGGCACCAAAAUGGGGACAAACCAGCCAAAUUUGGGGACAGAGGGACAUGGGGACGCGCCAGGGGGGACACGAUGGCUCCAGACCCGCAGCGGCCAAAAGUGGGGUGUGCCGGGGCCCCCCCAGCCAAAGCGGUGCCCCCUGGUACCCCCUAAAUGGGGACAGUGCUCCUGACACCCCCCAAAAUGGUGCCAGUGCCCCCGACACCCCUAAAUGGGGAUGGUGACCCUGACCCCCCUAAAUGGGACAGUGACUCUGAUGCCCCCUAAAUGCAGUGCCCCCAACACCCCUAAAUGGGGACGGUGACCAUGACACCCCCAAAAUGGGGACGGUGACACUGACACCCCAAAGGGGAUAGGGACCCUGAACCCCCAAAAUGGGGACAGUGAUGCCAACACCCCUAAAUGGGAUGGUGAGCCUCACCCCCCAAAUGGGGAUGGUGACCCCAAUACCCCAAAGGGGAUGGGGACCCUGACCCCCCAAAUGGGGACGGUGACCCCGACACCCCAAUAUGGGAAUGGUGACCACAACACCCCAAAGGGAAUGGGGACCCUGACCCCCCAAAAUGGGGACAGUGACCCCAACACCCCAAAGGGGAUGGGGACCCUGACCCCUCUAAAUGAGGACAGUGACCCCGACAUCCCAAUAUGGGAAUGGUGACCAUGACACCCCAAAGGGAAUGGGGACCCUGACACCCCAAAAUGGGGACGGUGACCCCCAAUACCCCAAAGGGAUUGGGGACCCUGACCCCCCUAAAUGGGGACAGUGACCCCAACACCCCAAUAUGGGAAUGGUGACCAUGACACCCCAAAGGGAAUGGGGACCUUGACACCCCCCCCCCCCCCAAAAUGGGGACGGUGACCCCAAUACCCCAAAGGGGAUAGGGACCGUGACCCCCCCUAAAUGGGGAUGGUGCCGACACCCCAAAAUGGGGACCAUGCCCCUGACCCCCCCAAAAUGGGGAUGGUGCCCCUGACACCCCCAAAAGGGGCUGGUGUGCCUCCCCAUCCCCACUGUCUGGAAGGUUUUGGGGUGCGGGAGGGGGUGUGGGGGGGCGGGUCUGUCCCCCCUUUUUGGGGGUUCGGGUCCUGCUGAGUCCACGUGGGGGUGGGUCGGGGUGGGGGGGUGGGGGGGGGCGCAGACCCCCGGGAUUUACCGGCCCAGACGCCGCCACUUAAUUUAUUUGCUAUUUAUUGCGGUUCCUUUGGAUAAUUUAAGUUGAUUCCUUUUAUUAUUUGAUUUUCCUCUUUUUUUUCUGUCUAAAUAAAAUAAGUUAAAAAAAUAAUACAAA